AUGCCGCCGCCUCCGGCGAGAUCCCGAUUCUUCCACGCGCCGGUCUCCGUUCGAUCCGGCCGGAAAUGCCGCCCCGCCCACCACUCCCUGAGCAAGAACCGAGGAGCACCCGCGCCUUCUCAUCCUCCUGGCAGGAGAUCCAAAUAUUCGGGACAAUCUGUGAGAGCAAUGCGUAUGCGUUUGUUAACGGUCGGCAAGAAGAGGUCUCGAGGGACGCAGCUUCUUGUUGAAGAAUACAAGGAGAAGCUCUGUUACUACUGCGAUUUUGAGGACACCCUUAUCAGAUCCAACCCAAAACUCACAAGUGAUGUUAAGGUCCAAGUUGAAGCAGAAGAUACGGCUAUGAUGCAGCAACUCAAGCCUGAAGAUUUUGUUGUUGUGUUGGAUGAAAAUGGGAAGGAUGCCAUAUCUGAGCAUAUAGUUGAUCUGAUUGGGGAUGCUGGCAACACAGGAUCGUCAAGGCUCACGUUUUGUAUUGGUGGACCAUAUGGUCUCGGGGUACAAGUGCGAGAGCGUGCAUAUGCAACAAUUAGGCUGUCGUCGCUAGUUUUGAACCACCAAGUUGCUUUAAUAGUUCUAAUGGAGCAGCUCUGCAGGGCAUGGACUAUAAUAAAAGGGCAGAAGUAUCACCAUUAGGCUUAUGCUGUAUCAGCAUCAUCCGCUGCUGUUUGAACAGAUCAAGACUUGGAAUAUGAAGACCGUAAAUGCAUAGAUCUGCAGUUUCUAGCGCACCAUGGACACUGUACACACAAGAUGAUUUUUUUUAGAAAAGAGAUUACUCAGCUUCUAUUGAAAGCCAAUACGAUGUUAGAGACACAGGAUGAUUUUUUUGGUCGGUGGCUCACUGGUUGAUAUAUGCUUCCUGAAGUUGUCAAGCAAGAAAGACCUCGUGCAGCAUUACCGAUGAACAUACACUCUCUGGAACUGGAAGUGAAGUAGUGCAAAGGCAAUGACACAUCUGAGCGUUCUGCGAAAAGAAUGACACACCUGAGCCAACAUUGAGGUCAAGCAUGCCACUUUUUUUUUUUCUUCCUCGUUUUCUUCUAUACUGUGAACAUUGUCCAAGUGAUUCAGGAAGAAGAAUGGGCAUAGAGAAUAGAGAUCUUCUAUCAAUUUAUUCCCUUGUUCGUGGUGUUAUACUUCAGAGCAUACCAUUAUCCUUCAACAAAGGAACAAAGAGAGAAUCUUCUCUUGGUGCUGAAUUUUUGUUUGCACACUUGAACUAAGAGUUGAUUUAUCAACGGAAGCUUCAUUGAAAGA